CUGUGUAGUGAGGUAUAUUUCUCCGGACGAUCCUCUUGCAAGCCAAUCAGCGUUCGAUCCGUCCUCGCUAGCAGUAUAGGACGCCUUAUUCGUGUACGCGGAGUCGUAAUCAGAGCUACUGAGGUCAAACCUCUUAUUCGUGUAGCAACUUACACAUGUGAUAAAUGUGGAGCUGAAACCUAUCAAGAGGUCAUGAACCCAACGUUCAUGCCUUUGUCUGUCUGUUCAAGUGCAGCUUGCAAGUCGGCAACUGCUGGUGGGGGAGGAAGGCUACAUUUGCAAACCAGGGGAUCUAAAUUUAUCAAAUUUCAGGAGGUACGUAUCCAGGAGCUCUCUGAUCAAGUCCCUGUUGGAAAUAUUCCGCGCGGAUUGACGAUCUAUCUUCGUGGAGAAAAUACGAGAUGUACUCAACCUGGAGAUCACAUUUUGGUCACCGGUGUCUUUUUACCUAGCAUUGCGUCAGCUCAUAGUCCUGGAGCUCGUAUUUCACAGGCACUUUCGAUGGCAGUUACAACAUUACUCGCAGACACCUAUGUUGAGGCACAUCACUUGGUAAUAUUGAGUAAAACCGACGCGCAUGAGCUUGAUCCAUCAACAGCUGAAUCCCUCUCAGAAAUAGCGUUUUCGGAUGAAGAGGUUGAACGUCUUAAAGAUCCGGAUGCAUACUCGCUGAUGGCCUCGUCUAUUGCUCCAGAGAUCUAUGGCCAUGAGGAUGUAAAAAAGGCACUUCUUCUUCUACUGGUCGGUGGUGUAGAAUUGCGAACAGAACCAUCACUUGAUUCGAAUGAGCAAAACGAUAAUUCGUCCACCUUCAAAAAUAGCGGGCAUGGGAUGAGAAUAAGAGGAAAUAUAAAUAUUUGUCUCAUGGGGGAUCCUGGUGUCGCGAAGUCUCAGAUGCUAGGCUUUGUAGAUCGGCUAGCUCCGCGAUCUCAAUACACUACCGGACGAGGUAGCUCUGGUGUAGGAUUGACGGCUUCAGUCACUAAGGACCCUUUGACAGGUGAAAUGGCACUGGAGGGUGGCGCUCUCGUGCUUGCUGAUCAAGGCGUAUGCUGCAUCGAUGAAUUCGAUAAAAUGACUGAUUUUGAUCGCACAGCAAUUCAUGAAGUUAUGGAACAACAAACUAUUAGUAUAGCAAAGGCUGGAAUUCUUACGACACUAAAUGCUCGUGUUGCAAUAUUGGCUGCAGCCAACCCUGCAUACGGUCGUUACAAUCCAAAUAGAACGGUAGAACAAAAUAUCGAUCUACCAGCAGCCCUUCUUUCUCGUUUUGAUCUUUUAUGGCUCAUCCGGGACAAGCCUGAUAGGGAGCACGAUCUUAGACUGGCACAACAUAUUACC